AACAAUAAACAACUGCAACCUGACCACUGAGCACAGUCAGGCAGCACACACCAACGUGACAGGCAGUCGCUGCCUUUGCUAGCAGACGGACGACAGCGUCACAGACACGCACACCUCGUGGAAGCAUUAUAUUGACUCCAGGGGGAGACGGGGCGCGUGGAGGGGCUUCGGCGUCUGCAUGAUAAUCUAGCGCCGGAGAGGUCGUUAGCUCUGGCGGCUAACGCGAGUUAGCUAAGUUAGCUGUAACAAGCCCUCGUUACGCGCAGCUGACCUCUACCACAACACCUCAGCACUGCUUCUUCCUCUCUCUGCCGUCUCGGGGACGCGAGUCCCGCUUGACGUGACCCAGGACCCCCGCGCGGUGCUCUGCCGACGGUUCUCGAAUAUGAUCCACAAUGAGCCAAAGAGACACUUUAGUUCAUCUGUUUGCUGGAGGAUGUGGGGGCACGGUUGGCGCCAUAUUGACGUGUCCACUGGAAGUGGUGAAGACUCGCUUGCAGUCGUCCUCCAUCACGCUGUACGUGUCUGAGGUCCAGCUCAGCACUGUCAACGGGGCCAGCGUGACGCGAGUGUCUCCUCCAGGACCGCUGCACUGUCUCAAGUUGAUACUGGAGAAGGAGGGAGCGCGCUCUUUAUUCAGGGGCUUGGGUCCAAACUUGGUGGGCGUGGCACCUUCCAGAGCGAUUUACUUUGCGGCGUACUCCACGGCCAAAGAGAAACUAAAUGGCAUUUUGGAACCAGACUCCACGCAAGUCCACAUGGUGUCAGCUGGAAUGGCAGGUUUUACAGCAAUCACAGCAACAAAUCCCAUUUGGCUGAUUAAGACGCGGCUGCAGUUGGAUGCGCGGAAUCGUGGGGAGCGUAGAAUGAGUGCGUUUGAGUGUGUGCGCCGCGUCUAUAAGGCUGAUGGCUUCCGAGGCUUCUACAGGGGAAUGUCUGCAUCCUAUGCUGGCAUUUCAGAAACUGUUAUCCACUUUGUGAUCUAUGAAAACAUUAAACGGCGCCUCCUGGAGGCCAAAGCGCCCAACAUGGAGGAGGAGGAGGACUCCUCUAAAGACGCCUCAGACUUCAUUGGCAUGAUGCUUGCUGCUGCCACGUCCAAGACUUGUGCCACGUCUAUUGCUUAUCCUCAUGAGGUGAUCCGUACCCGGCUACGAGAGGAGGGCACAAAGUACCGCUCCUUCUUCCAGACUCUAAAAACAGUGCCCAAAGAGGAGGGCUUCCGCGCUCUGUACCGUGGCCUCACCACCCACCUGGUACGCCAGAUUCCCAACACCGCCAUCAUGAUGUGUACCUAUGAGCUGGUGGUCUACCUCCUGAAUGGAUAAGUCCCCCCCCCCCCGGUCCUUAAUGGAUGAAACCACGUCCACCCCAGGCUGGAGAAAGGAGAGGAACGGCAUCGGCACACCAGCUUGCACUGCUAACAACCUGCUUGGCUACAAAAGGACAGAGACGACCCCUCAGUAACACAGGUGGUGGUUUGAAUUUCCAGAAGGGUUUUUCUUUAAUUACCAAAGACUAUGGCACAAAGAUCACAGCCAACAGUAAAAGUUGCCCUUUAACUUCAAACAGGAGAUGUUUUUUCCAGAUAAUCAGAGCCACUUUAGAUGGAAAGCUAAAGGAAUCAGAUAAAUAUAAUAAAAGAAGUUUUCCAAAUUUUAUCACACACUUUAUUUGAUACUUUCCAACUAUCUUUUGAUGGGUUAGAACUAAUUGGAGCACUUAUUCGCCUGUGCAUCCCUCAGCUCCCACACCAAUGCCAAGAGGGAGAUCGUCUCUUGAAAACACGGAGCAGUGGGAGCUUUAGGCUUUUAACAAGCAGGAUGGAAAUACUAGGAGAGGCGGGAUGUAAGAAUCUGACCAUGUGCCUUGGUGUGAAAAUGUCGCAUAUAGACCAUGAUGCUCAGCACUUCCUGGGCUCUGUGGGGUCAAAACUACACAAUCAACAAGUUGCACACUUUUUCACGUGGAUGGAAGAGUUUCAUGAGCUCCAUGAGCUGGACACAUGUGAAUUACAUGCAUUAUUUUGUCCUUCAUUUACAUGCUUUUGAAGUAGUUGCGUGACUGAAUCCGUGGCUAAUUGGAAGUGAUGUCAGCCGCUGUGCGUCAGCGGGAAGAAAGAUCUCCAGUUCAGCUUCCGGCUGCUGGACCCGGAAUAAUUCAAGUGUGUAGCCUUUCCUAGAGCAAGGAAGUGAAACAAAUACAAAAAUACAUUAACAAGUUUUAACAAAUGGUGAAUUUUCUGGACGUGUAUACAUAUAAUAUAUAACCUAAAUAAUGUGAUUCUUUUUUUGUGGUAAGCCCAGUCUUGAUGAAAGGCCAACAUUGACAGCGUUUCCUCCAGAGGAGAACAGAAUGCUGGACGUUGUUACUUUGUCUCUGAAAAGGUUUUUCUUUGGCACCUAUUACCCCCCCGCUCAUUCCCUCCUGUGCUUUCCCUUCACAGGGAGAAUCCCGCCUUGUUGUUCAGGCGAGGACAGUCCUCCUGAGUUUACACUGGAAAAUACUUGUACAGUUUUAGUCAGUUCAGAGAAAGUCGUCAGGAAAAUGUUCUCCACAAACGCACAUUCAUGACACACACACACACACAUUUUUACACAAUCCUUGUGUCCGGAGACCCAUCUUUGGGAAUUCCACAAGGCUUCAAAGUUUUUCUCUCUGUUUUGCCCCAGAUGUGGUUUUUGUCAUUGAAUUUGGAGAAACUGUGUUUGCUUAAAACAUUGUUGUCCUCCCAGACUGCAACACUGAUUGUCUGCAUAAACUGUUAUGGUGGUGAGCAGUUCUGAUCCUGAUCCUUUGAUCCAAAAAAGCAGAUUAAUAAAUGAAUUACAAAAAGAUGGAGCCCUGCUACAGCAGCACAGUCUGGGUCUGUGUGCUUCAGCUACGACUGCCUGAACGCCGCCUCACUGAUGCUAACGUGUUUGUCAGAGAUCGGGUCUUCCGUCCGUCUCGUUUUACGUUUGCACCCCCCCCCCCCUCCCAUGUUGUGUGUUCAUGUAUUUCUGCGAGAGGUUAAAGUUGGGAAUCUGUGUGUCACACACAGUCCACUGAAUACCUGCAAACAGUGUUGUUGUUUUAAACUUCUCAUUUUAGCCAAAUUCUUGCCUUUUCCAGAUGCUCAUAGUGUUUUUCCAAAUGACGAGCCGACUGGAUGUGGAUCGCUCUAUGCAUUCUUCCAUACCCGGUUUUGUACAGAAUAAUGUCAAUAAAAUGAAAGAAGUAUAUGUGGA